AAGGGAGAAGUAAACUUGGUGAUAAAAGCCAACACCAACUUCUUCCUCCCUUCUCAGUUCUCACUUUACCUGUUUACUCUUUCAAUUCCCAGCAAUUUGAAGACUUUGACCUCCAAAUUCAACUUUUGUAGCUUUAAUUUUGUUUUGGCGAUGGCCACCCCAACAAUCAAUCUUGAAUCUUCUUCGGCUUGGGAGUACGAUGUGUUCUUGAGCUUCAGAGGUGAGACGCGCAAAGGCUUCACCAAUGAUCUUUACUGUGCGUUGUGUCGAGCCGGAGUGAGAACAUUUAGAGACGACGAUGAGCUGAGAAAGGGCGAAGAUCUUUCCUCCGAGUUCAAGAGAGCCAUCCAAAAUUCACGAAUCGCCGCGAUUGUCCUCUCUCAAGACUAUGCCUCGUCUAGAUGGUGCCUGGACGAGCUCUUGCAAAUCCUAGACUGCAAGGAGAAGAGGAAACAGACAGUUUUUCCUGUGUUUUACGGCGUUGAGGCUUCCCAAGUGCAGAACCAAAGUGGGAACUACGGCGUUGCCCUAGCGAAUCACGAACGGCGUUUUGGGGCAAACAAGGUACACACAUGGAGAGAUGCCGUCACUAAAGUUGGAAAUUUAUCAGGAUUGGAUUUGCGAGACGCCGCCGUUGAUGGAAAUGAAUCCAAGUUCAUUAAAACAAUCAUUGAAAAGGUCCAGUUGGUAGUAGGCCGCCGAGUGCCUAUGUUUGUUGCCAAGCAUGUGGUAGGACUUGAUUCUCAGGUUCAACAUGUGGUACAAUUAAUACUUCGAGAACCAAAUGAUGGUGUUCGCAUGAUUGGAAUAUAUGGUAUGGGAGGUAUUGGAAAAACUACUCUUGCUAAAGCUGUCUACAACAGACUUUUUGGAUAUUUUGAUAGCAGCUGCUUUCUUGAGAUAAGAUCAGGAAUUUCAGAGAUAAAAUAUUUGCAAGAAGAGCUUCUUAGUAAGCUUCUCAAAAGAGAGAUCAAAGUUGGUAGUGAAGAUGAAGGGAUCGUGUUGAUCAAACAGUGGCUUCAAGCAAAAAAAUGUCUCAUUGUCCUCGAUAAUUUGGAAUAUAUCAAUCAAUUUAAUGCAUUAUGUGGACAACGAGAUUGGUUUGGUGUAGGAAGUAGAAUUAUUUUAACAACUACAGAGGCACCCGUGCUGAGAAUUUUGAAAGACGAAGAACGUUAUGAAGCUAAGGUAUUGAACCAGAAGGAGUCUUUGCAGCUCUUUAGCCUACAUGCAUUUGGAGAGCCAUCAUUACCUAAAGAGGAUUAUAUUGAGCUUUCAGAUGACCUAGUGGCUUAUUGUGGGGGACUGCCAUUAGCUCUUGAAGUGUUAGGGGCCGAUUUGUUUGAUAAAUCGAAGGAAGAAUGGAUUAGUGCCUUUGAGAAAUUGAAGAGAAUUCCUCAUAAUGGUAUUCAAGAUAGGCUUAAAAUCAGAUAUGAUAGACUUCUAGAUGAUCAUACCAAAUCUCUUUUUCUUGAUCUUGUUUGCUUCCCCUAUGAAGUUCCCAUAGAUAUUGCCAUUAGCAUGUUUGAGGCCAUGGGAUAUUCGGCAAACAUUGAAAUUCAACACUUGGUUGACAAAUGCUUGAUAAAUAAUUACGGUUCUCAAAUUAGUAUGCAUAGCUUAAUACGAGAAAUGGGAAAGGAAAUUAUUCGUUUGGAAUCACCUGACAAACCAGGUGAACGAAGUAGAUUGUGGUGUCUCAAUGAUAUCCAUGACGUGCUUGUAGAACACAAGGGUACAACAGCGGUUGAGGUUAUUUUGCCAAACGCUCCCAUGAAAAAUAUGCGUUAUCAUACAAAAGCAUUUAAGAAUAUGAAGAAAUUAAGAUGGCUACAAAUUGAUCAUAUCCAUCUAUAUGGAGGCUUCAAUUAUCUAUCCAAGGAGCUCAAAAUUUUGCAGUGGAAUCACUGCCCUUUGGAAUACAUUCCAUCUGAUUUUCAUUUUGAGAAGCUUGUAAGUCUGGAUAUGCGGGGGAGCAACAUUAAAAAAUUUCAAGCCUCUAUAAAGUAUUUCCGGUGUCUCAAGUCUCUGGAUUUCAGUUUUUCUAAACGUCUCAAAGAGACUCCGAGCUUUGGCGGUGGUGCACAAAAUCUCGAGAGUGUAUCAUUUCGAGCAUGCUCGAGUUUGGUAAAGGUGGACUCUUCAAUCGGAGAGUUAGAGAGACUAAUUCGUUUAGAUUUUAGGGACUGUCCAAAGUUGAAGAAACUUCCAAAUAGCCUUUGCCAGUUAAGGUCACUGCAGCUACUUGAUGUAUACAACUGCACAAAACUAAAAGAAUUGCCCAAGGAAUUGGGAAAUUUGAUAUCCCCUCUUCAUAAUAGGACAAACUUUUAUUGAGGAAGCUGAUAACAAGUAUCGUAUAUAUAUAUAUAGUGUACAUUGGUAUUGUCCAUUAACUCUUGUGGUC